AGCAGGAAGCUCCUUUGCUCCACCCUCUGCCCUGCACGGCGGCUCUUGGAGCUGGUGGAGGAUUUGCUGAACCAGAGCUGCCAGCGACAGCGACCUGACCUGUGCAGCUGCCUGGGUGGGAGCUGGACACCCCCGGCAUGAAGCCCUUCUCCCACCAGCCCCGGGCAGCCUUUGCUGUGCUCUUCUUCGCCAUCGUGCUCUCGUAUUCCUGCUCGGCAGCAGCUGAAGACAUCUCCGAUGUUUCAACAAACACCACAUCCACAACUGAGAACGAAGCACCAUGUCUUAAUGUGAACUGCGCGCAAGUAGCCAAGUGCUGCCCCACGGGCAUGGAUGAUUAUGGAUGGAUUGCAGCGGCCGUCGGCUGGAGCCUCUGGUUUCUGACUCUCAUCCUGCUCUGUGUGGACAAGGUCAUGAAACUCCGGCCUGACGAACACAAACAUUUGGUGGCCUGAAGCAGGGCAAGCCAGCAAUCAGCAGCACCUGGGAGCAGUGAGGUGCAAACAGACUGACAAAGCAUUUAGAUCACUUUCUAGGAAGUAAAAAAGAAAGGGAAUGUACCUUCUGGCAAAAAAAGGCAAGAUCUAAGCAGGGCACGUGCUGGGGCUUCAUCCUCCCUUGCAGGGUGAAGCUGCCAGCCAAGGUGUGGAGCAGUCAAGUCCCUGCAAGGCACCACACACAUCC